AUGGCGGCGGCCGGUUGCCUCGAGGGUCGGGACAAAGACGAUCGUCCACAGGUGAACUGCACCGGGGCGGGGCUCAGACGGGUACCAGCGGGAAUCGAACCGGCAACCCAGGUUUUGUUGUUCCCGCUAAACCAGUUCUCGGACUUUUCUUGGACGUAUUUCACGACUUUCGACCAGAUCCAUGAAAUCGACCUCAGCAAAAACCAGAUCUCCGCCCUCAGCCCCAGCGUCGCUCCGGUCCUGCCCAGCCUCUCGGUGCUCCGUCUGGGCUCGAAUCAGCUCCGAGCGAUCCCUGAACACUGCUUCUCUGGAAGUCCAGCUUUGACCGAGCUGUACCUCCAAAACAACCUCCUCAGCUCCCUCCGAGACCUCUCCUUCUCCGGACUCAGUAAACUCGAGAUCCUGGAUUUGUCUGGCAAUCACAUCCAGACCCUUCCUCCGCUCAUGAUGCAUCCUCUGACGAACAUCGAGACGCUGUAUUUAGAAGGAAACAAGAUCAAGGUGCUGCCUGAUGAUUGGUUCAGCCAGAAGGAGGAGGUGCCUUACCUGUACCUCUCGGCCAAUCCGUGGGCUUGCUCCUGUUCCCUCGGUUACCUGUACAAUUAUCUGGACAUGUAUGAAGGAAAUGUUUACGUGAGAGACGGACCCAUCAUCAACCCGGACAUGGAGAGUGUGAUUUGUGGAAGUCCACGGUCUCUAGCGGGUCAACCUGUGGUCAAACUCGAAGAAUCGGACUUUUGUGACCCACUGAGUCCCACAGAAUCAGCUCCGACUGAACCGAGAACCGCUAUGUUUCCAGAUGAUGUCGAUUUUUUUGGUACACCCACUGCUAGCUCUACUCCUCCUCCUCCAACGACUACCACAGCUGCUACUACUACUACUACUGCAGAUAUUACUACUCCAGUUUACAGAUAUUUGACUGAGAAGUUUUAUAAAGAUGUUACAAGGUACGAAAUUUACACAAGUGAUUGGUCUGAAUUUUGGGGAUCGGUCCGAGGACAUGGACGACAGGUCAAAAAGACAACGACACCUCCAACGACCGAACCCCCGACUACCCCAACGACCCCACCGUCUACAACUACGCCUCCCGCAACCGAACCCCCAACGCCGACGACUCCAACGUCUACAACUUUCCCCGCUUCCCCGACGCAAAAUUCUGCAACACCGCUGACUUUUUCCACAACGAACCCAACUGAAAUACCAAAAACGACCUUUUUCACCCUCGAAACCUUUAAAAUGACUCCUACAGAAACGGUUAGCAUGGUUAGCAACAACGGAAGCAGCGGCAAAGUUAGCUACGUCGAAGCGAGAAGAGUUUUUUGCUUUUGGCUGUUCGUUUGUUGUGUUUUUCUUUGCGUUAUUUCUGCCGUUUCUUCACUGAUCGUCGCUUGUAGGUUGUAUUUUUGGUACACAGGCAUCUAUAAGUCCUUAAAAUGUAUUAUAGUUGGCAAGGAGCAAAUUAGAAUGGUGACUUCUUGCGGAAAUAUUCACAAACAACAGGCAAAAUAUCGAACUAUGCUGUUUGUGUCUAAGGAUGUGAAUCAAGGCGAGCACGUGGAAUGUUUCGUUAGUUUAGAGCCAAAAAAUGGGACGGAACAAGCGCAAAACGUUGAAAAGUUAGCCUACAAACAGGAAAUGUAUCGCGUGAUCAGCAAAGAAGAGGAAAUCGACGCUAACGACGUGCUAGCGGAAUGCAAAGCUAGCCGAGGAGCUAACACGGGCGUAUCUAAAAAGCGUUACAGUGUUAUUUUGAGGGAAGAAGGUGAAAAAGAUGGAGGAGAAAUAGAGAAAUGCGAUUGGGUAGUUGGGGGAUGGGAGGUGGAGAAAGGGGCGGGGCCUGGAAGCAGCUGGGGGGAGUGGCUAGGGCAGAUUUUACCCAGCGUGCCGUGGGGGGUGAGCGCGCCGGCCAAAAGUGAAGCGGCGUCGGUGGAGUGUCGUUCGAGUGAAAAAGACGAGUAA